GCUACUUCCUGUAAAACUGAAGGGUGGGACAAGCGGAAGCAGCGUCCUGCGGUGCUAAUAUUUUUCUCUUGCUGAGCAGUUGGAUUGAUAUUCAUCACUCAACAUGCCGGCGUAUCACUCAAACUUGAUGGUCCCUGAAACCAGGCUGGUGGGGAAUAUGGCUUUGCUCCCCCUCAAAACCCAGUUCAAGGGACCAGCCAGAGGAGACGGCAUAGACUCAGACAUCAUUGAUGAGGCUAUCUACUACUUCAAGGCCAAUGUUUUCUUUAAGAACUAUGAAAUCAAGAACGAGGCUGACAGGACACUGAUCUAUGUCACGUUGUACAUUUCUGAAUGCCUAAAGAGGCUACAGAAGUGCAGCUCCAGGAGCCAGGGAGAGAAGGAGAUGUACACUCUGGGCAUCACCAACUUUCCCAUUCCCGGAGAACCUGGCUUCCCUCUCAAUGCCAUGUACAGUAAACCUGCAAACAAGCAGGAGGAAGAGACAAUGAGGGCGUACCUCCAGCAGAUCCGCCAGGAGACCGGCUUGAGGCUAUGUGACCGUGUGUUUGACCCCCAGACAGACAAACCCAGCAAGUGGUGGGUGUGCUUUGUCAAGAGGCAGUUCAUGAACAAGAGUCUGUCAGCUCCUGGACAGUGAACGACUUUGGACCUGUGAGACGGAUGGAUCUUUCUUUGGGUUGGGUGGGAGGGGUCUGCUUUUGUGAUGCUAAGAUGAUUUUAUACUCUUUGA